AUAGAUACCAUUCUAAAUACCAAAAAAUUUACACUAUGUAGCAUAAGAUAAGAUACUUUGUUUUCAUAAAUAAUAUGAUCUGUUAUCAAAAAUGGAUAAAUUUAGCAUGGAGGUUACCAAGGUUAUACGCCAACAACGUAGAGACAAAUAGUUUGUCUCUGAUCGACGAAAGUUGUUAUGGGUUAUGGCUGAGUGACUUAUUUGACAGUCAUCAAAAUUUUAGUGAUAUAUUACAAGUUUCAAAUCAGUUCACCUCACGAUUUCAACAAAAAAUCAUACAGUUAACGGUAUCGACACGAAUUUUGGAAUUAUUCCAUAUUUAUUUUAAUUACGUCGUAACAUUUUAAGUUGAGUUGGAAUUAUUUUCAUUAGAAGGGAGACAUAAAUUUGGGUCCGUCUAUGUUUCUCAUAUGUAAAAACGAAAAUUAAAUAAAUACAUUACUGAACAUAACAUAAUUUAGAAAUGGGUAGCGUUAGAUGCAGUCUUGCUACAGCUGGAAGGUAUGCCCUUGCUGCUAGAAAUAACAAGUUACAACAUGGCGUACUUUCAAUGAUCUAUAACACUGCUGUAGUUCAAAAAAAGGGAAUUUCAACUAGUGUUAUUGUAUUUAAAACUGUAGGAACAGGGGAACCACCGACAGGUCACAAUCCUCCUCCACCACCUCCGUCCAAAGAUUCUAGCAACGGUAGCGGUAAAAAUAAAAAUACUUUAUCGUGUCCUAAAUGUGGAGAUCCUUGUACCCACGUUGAGACAUUCGUCAGUUCAACUAGAUUCGUUAAAUGUGAAAAAUGUCAUCAUUUUUUCGUUGUUUUGAGUGAAGUUGAUAGUAAAAAGAAGGAAGGCGUAGAUGCUAAAACGGGGCAGUAUAAGAAACCCCCUCCUCCGCCAAAAAAAAUUUAUGAUUAUUUGAACAAGCAUGUAGUCGGUCAAGAAUAUGCUAAAAAAGUUUUAUCAGUGGCGGUGUAUAAUCAUUAUAAACGGAUAUAUAACAACACCCCCAUUCAGACUAAUCUUCGUCAAGAUAUGGCAGUAAUGGAACAUGGACCUCAAAAUAUAACUCAUAGGGGUAUGAACUUUGGGGGUUCCUUCGAAACGGCACCACAGCAGAUUUCCAAAUCCGGUCAGGGUUCAGAGAUUUUAGACAAGACUACACACGAUUUGAAAUUGGAGAAGAGUAAUAUUUUACUUUUAGGACCUACCGGAUCUGGUAAAACUUUGCUUGCUCAAACGAUAGCCCAAUGUUUAGACGUCCCUUUUGCAAUAUGCGAUUGUACGACACUAACCCAAGCUGGAUACGUCGGUGAAGACAUUGAAAGCGUCAUAGGAAAAUUACUUCAGGAUGCAGGUUAUAGCGUAGAAAAAGCACAAAUCGGUAUAGUGUUUUUAGAUGAAGUAGACAAAAUUGGAGCAGUACCCGGCAUACAUCAAUUAAGAGACGUGGGAGGUGAAGGAGUACAACAAGGUAUGUUGAAAAUGUUGGAAGGGACAGUAGUCAAUGUCCCCGAACGUAAUUCCCCAAGAAAAUUGAGAGGAGAAACUAUCCAAGUGGAUACAACGAACAUUUUAUUCGUCGCCAGUGGGGCCUAUAACGGUUUGGAGAGAUUGAUACAAAGGAGAAAUAAUGAAAAUUAUCUUGGGUUUGGCGCUCCUGUUUCUACUGGAAAGGGUAGGAGAGCCGUAGCACAAGAAGCGACACUUCAUCAUUCGUCGCAAUCUGCAGAAGAAGAAAACACAGAAAAAGAUACCGCCUUAAGACAAGUACAAGCUAGAGAUCUCAUAGAUUUCGGAAUGAUACCUGAAUUCGUCGGUAGAUUUCCAGUGCUGGUUCCUUUCCAUUCGUUGGAUCAAAGUAUGUUGGUGCGUAUUCUAACCGAACCAAAAAAUGCUUUAGUGCCGCAGUACAAAAGACUCUUGUCUAUGGACAAUUGUGAUCUCACGUUCACCCCGGACGCUUUGAACGCAGUAGCGCAAUUAGCCAUGGAAAGAAAAACCGGAGCUAGAGGAUUAAGGGCGAUAAUGGAAUCUUUAUUACUUGAACCUAUGUUCGAAAUACCUGGUGCUAACAUUUCCGAAGUGCACGUUACUGAAGAUUACGUGAGAGGUAAAGGUACUCCAGUGUACGUGAAAAAUCCGGAAGCUUCUUCGAAUCCGGAAACUAAUGAAGAAGACGAAUUCAACACGUCUAUAAGAGUAAAACAAUAAAAUAUCCUGUCAUGUUCAAUUGCAGGGUGAGAUCAAAUUUAAAUUUAUUUUUUUGUGUAAAUAAUUUAUAUAGAAAAUGUUGCAGCAUUAAAAAAGUGAUUUUACCUA